AUGGCUUCUACUAUCCCAUUUUAUGACGUUGCUGUGGUGGGUGCAGGCGCUUAUGGUACUGCUGUACUGGGUCAGAUCUCUUUACGCAAGAUACUCGACGACGGGCAACCUAAUUUUCGCAUUCUUGUAGUGGAACGCGGUCAAGAUCUUGGACCCGGGAUGCCGUACUCAAGAUACAUGACCAUCCCCGAACAUAUUGUGAAUAUCGCGGGAGGCUGUACCCAAAUCACAGCUACUUAUAUUCCAUAUUCCGAAAGGUCUGACUUUAUGGUUUGGCUUCGCUCACUCACACCAGAAUAUAGGGCUUCUUUGGGGAUCGAGGAAGAAGAAAACCCAGCCUGGCUGUACAGACCUUUUCCACGUUUUGUGGUAGGUCUCUACUUAAGCAACCGUUUCAAUCAAUUUGUGAAAGCGCUCAGACGAAAGGGAUUCACAGUAGAUGUUCGCAAAUUGACAACGGUGACCUCAGUGACACAGACGCGCAAGUUUGACGAGAAUUGCUACGAACUUGACCUCAACGGAAAAAGUAACGUUUUCGUGAAAACUUUGUUCAUUGCAACAGGACACUGGAGCCACGACAGGUUCCCAGAAUUUCGAUGCUGGAUUCCAUCACCCUUUCCACCGCAUGUCAUCCAGAAUCGAACUAAGCUCGGCGGUAACAUUGGAAUUCUUGGUUGCUCCUUAUCGGCGAUUGACGCCGCGCUUACUCUCAGUAAGAAAAAUGGAUCCUUCCAUUGGACGAAUGAAAAUGGUCAGGAUAGCCUAGUAUUUCGACCUUUCAAAGGAGCUGAAGACUUUAAGGUGACUAUGUAUGGCCGCAAGGCGAUGCUACCUCAGGUAAUGGGAGUAACCGUGAACAAGAUUUUUGCGUACAAAUACUUAACUCCCGCACUUUUCAUUCCGAUCAUCGAGGCUUCUGAUGGGUUUCUGCCACUUGAUGAUUUCUGGUACCUUCUUAAGAGAGAAAUAUACGAUGAAGUUCCCCAUCUUCGCCCAUACCUACCAGACGACUGGGAGAGUGUGUCGCUCGAAGAAGCCGUUUUGAAAGUGAGAACAUUUCUUCAGGCAAAUGACCCUAUUGAGAGAUUAAGUAAAGAGUUAGAGGCAGCCAAAGAAAGUUUGAGGAGUGGUGCACCUCUCCUUUUGCAGAAUGUGUUUUAUCAGUCUUACGCAAUAUUCGACGAGGCUCUAAAUUACUUCUCAGCCGAAGAUCGUAUCAGGUUCGAAGCCAUUCAAACUGAACUGCAUUUGCUUAUCGGCCCUUUUCCAAUUCAAAAUGCAGAAAAGAUCCUUGCUCUUAUGACAGGGGGCUUCCUCGACAUCAGAAGAAUUGGAACUAAUUACUACAUUGAGGAAACAUCCAGCAAAAAUGGCAUCAAACUGUCAUGGCGAACAGACGCAGAUGGCCCUCUGGAGGCCAUACACGAUGUCAUGAUCGAUGCUACCGGACAAAAAGGCGCUUUCGAAGAAGACCAGUCCUCUUUGACAAAAUCACUCAGAAAAAACAACCUCCUUAAAGAAGUUCUCGUCCCUUUUCGGGAUUCCAGAGAAUCCCAUAAUUAUCAGCAUCACCCCAACGUGGUUAAAAGAAAAAGGGUUUGUUAUUAUCGCGCACCUGGUGCUCUAAUCGAUAUAAAUAAUUUUUCCCUUGUGUGUGCUUCUGAAAAGCCUUGCACUCCCAUUUAUUACAUGGGGCCAUUUAGCAAGGGGCAAAUAGCAUUUCCACACGACAUGAGUGUGGUUACCACGGCAGCAGAACGUUCAGUUUCAGAUCUGGUCAAGAGAGGUUUGCUACAAGAAGAACCUGCCAGCUACACAGUGGAACAAGAUCCAAUGCCAAUGUAUGGGUGGUUUUCCAAUGCUAAAGGUGACCUUGCUGGUGAGAUGGGAAAAAUGUCGAAGGAUAUCACGUCAAAGCGAAAAGAGCUUUGGAAUUAA